GUUGGGUGAUAGUCAUGGGUUUUCCCUAUGGUGUUAUAUUAAUGUUUUGUUCCCAGUUCACAGUAUGUGUAAGGUCUAACGUGUGUACUACGUACAACCCGUUGUUCCUGGAAGGCACGUGUUCCUCCCACUACUCAGACACUGCGGCUCUGCUAAUAGACGAGGUGUUCUUAUCCCUGGCUGAGGCGGACUGCGAGCUGGCCAACCCCUGCAACUACCCUCCUCAGUACAACCCUAGGGACUGGGAGGAGUUCGACUUCAUCGUCGUAGGUGCAGGAUCUGCCGGCUCCGUGGUAGCCAAUAGACUGACAGAGAUCGCCGGGUGGACGGUCCUCCUGAUUGAAGCUGGAGGAGAUCCUCCUAAGACAUCUGAAGUGCCCAAUUUACGCGGAGCAUUACACAAUACGGAAUAUCAAUGGCACUACCGAUCUAACUCUGAAGAACCAACCUGUUUAGGAUUUACUGGUAGUCAAUGCAGCUGUGAAAUGGGUAAAAUGCUGGGUGGAUCCAGUUCACACAACGGACUGAUAUAUAUAAGGGGAAACCAUAAGGACUAUGAUGGUUGGGAGGCUCAAGGAAAUGUUGGUUGGAGUUAUAAAGACGUGUUGCCCUAUUUUAAAAAGUCUGAGGAUAUGAGAGCUCCAGGAGUAAAGUGCACCCCUGAUUUCUUUGACUACCAUUCAGUUGGUGGCCCUUUAAAGGUUGACGACCUUAACAUUGACAAUACAGAACCAAUACCAGCACUUUUGGUAGGAGGUUUAUCUGAACUUGGAUACUUCAUAAACCCUGAUCAUAACGGUAGAUAUCAGUCAGGGUUCUGUAGAGUAUCAGGUACUGUGGAGGAGGGUAGGCGAUGUAGCACAGUGAAAGCUUUUUUAACCCCAAUAAAAGAUAGACCAAACUUGAAAGUAUCUAAGUUUGCGCAAGCAACCAAAAUAUUAAUCGAUGAAAACACGAAUGUGGCAUAUGGCGUUGAGUUGAUUGACAGUAAUGGCUACUUAGUUAGAGUUAUAGCCAAGAAGGAAGUUAUUCUGUCUAGUGGAGCUAUAAGAAGCCCACAGCUACUAAUGCUUUCAGGGAUAGGUCCAAGUGAUCAUUUAUGGGAGCGUGGAAUUAAUGUUAUACACGAUCUACCUGUAGGUAAACGAUUGGAAGAUCAUCCUAUUCCAGCUGGCUUAAUUAUAUCACUAGACGUUACUUUACCAGAAGUUGAUCAAAACCAAAGCAUGUUUAACUUCUUAUUAAAAUUUAACAGUACUUAUGCCGGAAUAGGGAUGGGUUCAUUCAUAUUGUUUAUGGAAAGUGAAAGAAAAGGUUUAGACUACCCAGAUAUUCAAGUUUAUUUUGCGCACAUAAAUAAGAACUCAUCUGGAUUAUUACAGUAUACAAGGAGCCUCGGGCUUAAUGACGACAUCACUGAGAGUUUCAGAUCUAUUAAUGAGCACUCGCCCCUGCUGUUGGUAGCACCAUGUCUCAUCGGGCCAGAAAGUAGAGGUUCUGUCCGUCUUCAAAGUAAAAACCCAUUACAGUUUCCAAAGAUAAAUCUAGGUUAUUACUCGGAACCAAGGGACGUUGAUACUGUAAGCAAAGCCAUUAAUUUCCUUCGUGGUUUGGUGUUCACAGAACCGUUCAAAGCAGUAAAUGCCAGGUUUCAUGAAGUAUAUGUUCGAAGUUGUUCAAAAUUCCCUUAUGAUUCACGUCCAUACAGGGAAUGUUUUCUUAGACACAUGUCAAGUUCCACUUAUCAUUUUGUGGGCACGUGCCGCAUGGGACCCCCGGGACACCCCGAGGCCGUGGUAGACCCUCAACUCCGGGUACAGGGUGUGAGUAGACUGAGAGUCAUCGACGCCUCUGUGAUGCCGAAGAUUACACGAGGCAACACCAACGCCCCAACCAUCAUGAUAGCAGAGAAAGGUUCGGACCUCAUCAAACACACUUGGCUCAGCACUCCUUACAAUGGUGUGGAGGCAUUCAGCAGAGUUCUGCCUAUACCACAUAGAGGCUGGUAAUACUAAUCUACAAGGCAAAUAAAAGUAAUGUAG